UGCGAUCGUGUUGGACCGGAUAGCUUGGAAGGGAUGAUGAUUAUGCAUACUUGAGAAGCCUAUAUAAAAGCUGCCUGCAACUAUGGAAAUCGGUCAGUUGUGCUAACGCUGGACUUCAACGACUCGAGGAAGUACUUAUAGUGAAGUUUAUUAAUAGAUAAUAAAGUUGUGUUCUACAUAUACAUCUUAUAGCCAUAUAAGAAAGAUAAAGAAGAAUAUACGGGGGCAUCCAAAGCCAGACAGAGAUUGUGAUUAUUUAGUGUUAUUACAGUGGUGAAGCAUUCAAAAAGCCUCAAGUGAAAUGAUUUAUAACUUCCCAUAAAGAGUGUGAGAGUUGAAUUUCUUCGUACUCUUAUCCUCUCUCCGGACACUCUGCGUGAUCUUGCUUGCUCGCGUCGCGAAAAUCCUCCCAGGACACUGCGAGGCUUGUGCACAGUCGGGAAUUGUUGCGAAUCGCGGCGCUCAAAAGGAUCUUUUGAGGGGCUGAAGUGCGCGCACACACAUCUGGAUUACAAUCUCACAAAUCUCUCUCUGCUCGGACAUCAUGUCGAACACUGUGGCUCCUGAAUUCCCACUGGGACCAAACACAUGGACCGCCAGCAGUGUCUUCUACUUCCUCUUGGCUCCCGCCAUCAUCCUGUGGAUUAUUUACUGGAAACUCUCGCGUCGCCACCUCGUGGAGCUGGGCGAGAAAUUGCCAGGACCACCAACACUCCCCGUCAUUGGCAAUUUAAUGAGUCUCCUCGGUUCGCCACACAAAACAUUUGAGAAUGUUAUGCGGAUGGGCAAGAUAUACCCCGGAGGAGUUGUGCGUCUGUGGGUCGGCCCCAAACUGACGGUGUUCCUCUUCGAGCCCCGGGACAUUGAGUUGAUUCUCAGCAGUCACAUUUACAUUGAUAAGUCCACCGAGUACAGCUUCUUCAAGCCAUGGCUGGGAAAUGGAUUAUUAAUCAGUUCAGGCCACAAAUGGAGAUCACAUCGACGAAUUAUUGCGCCCACGUUCCAUCUCAACGUUCUCAAGAGCUUCAUAGAUCUCUUCAAUGAGAACUCACGCCACGUGUGCAAUCGAUUGAAGGAUGAAGUGGGCAAGACGUUCGAUUGUCACGAUUACAUGUCUGAGGCUACAGUGGAAAUUCUGCUGGAGACUGCAAUGGGUGUAUCGAAGAAGACGCAAGAGUCUGGCUACGAGUACGCUAUGGCAGUGAUGAAGAUGUGUGACAUUCUCCACUUGCGCAUCCGCAAGAUCUGGUUGCGCCCCAACAGCAUCUUCAACCUCACGAGUCACGCCAGUCGCCAGGAGAAGCUGCUCAGCAUCAUUCACGGCCUCACGAAGCGCGUGAUCACGAGCAAGAAGGAGGCCUUCAAGAAGGGCACGCGCGGCUCACUCGCCGAGACGAGCAUCAAGACAUCCGAAGCCACGACGGCCAAGGCGAAGUCGGACAACACCACCACAGUCGAGGGUCUGUCUUUCGGUCAAUCCUCUGGCCUCAAGGACGAUCUGGAUGUGGAGGAGAACGAUAUUGGCGAGAAGAAGAGAUCCGCCUUCCUCGAGUUGCUUCUCGAGAGCGCAGAGAACGGAGCAUCGAUCACGGAGGAUGAGAUUCGCGAGCAGGUCAACACGAUUAUGUUCGAGGGACACGAUACCACAGCUGCCGCCAGUUCAUUCUUCCUCACGCUGAUGGGAUUGCACCCGAACAUCCAGGACAAAGUGAUUCAGGAGCUCGACGAGAUCUUCGGGGACUCUGACAGACCGGCCACGUUCCAGGACACGCUCGAGAUGAAGUAUUUGGAGAGAUGCCUCAUGGAGACUCUCCGAAUGUAUCCACCAGUGCCAAUCAUCGCCAGACAGCUCAAGGAGGACCUCAAACUAUCAUCUGGAGAUUACACGAUUCCGGCCGGAGCGACUGUCGUCGUGGCCACGUACAAGCUGCACCGCAUGGAGAAUCUGUAUCCCAACCCGGACGUCUUCGAUCCCGACAACUUCCUGCCCGAGCGACAGGCCAAACGCCACUACUACGCCUUCGUGCCAUUCUCGGCCGGGCCCAGGAGCUGCGUGGGUCGCAAGUAUGCCAUGCUGAAGCUGAAGAUCCUCCUGUCCACCAUCCUGCGCAACUACCGCAUUCACUCCAACAUCGACGAGAAGGAGUUCAAGCUGCAGGCGGACAUCAUCCUGAAGCGGGAAGAGGGCUUCCCCGUGAGAGUGGUGCCGCGGAAGAAGCUGGCGGCAUAGAUCGCGCGCGUCCUCUGCUCCCCCCUUUAGGAUUAGGCACACCCACUCGUUUCUCUUUUUAGCUGUAAUCUCUGCGUUUAUGGACAGGAGAAAGACCACAUACUCCCAUCAAUUCUCUCAUAAGACGAUAUUCACAUCUUGUAUUGUUCUUCUCUCACUGAGCGAGAUCUCGCGAUCUCGCCAUCAUGUGGAUGUUUAAUUACAAAGCGAACAGCAAUGACCACUCUCUUUAGUGUAUAUGUUUCCCGCCACUUGUCAGCGCGUCUCUAAGCUAAAUCCUGUUAAUUUAUUCUUUCUUUCCUCAUCGAUAUUUCCGCAUUUUAUCAAUCCCACUUUGUCUCAUAGCAAAAUGCCACGCACUUUUUCACCUUCAUAAAUUCUAUCUCUCCACCACUACUUCACAUUGCAUCUGCGGCGUGAGCGCAAAAGAGGCGCACAAGUCAGUGUUUUGUGAGAUGUUUUUAUAUGAUUUCCUAACUCAACUUUAAUAAAUAUUCUAUUUGAUUUUUUGGUUUCUGGAUGCAAUGCAUGAUGAGAAUGAUUGCGUAUUGUUUAUUCUCCGGUUGCAGGAGUGGAAAAUACAUCAAUUUUCUAGAAAUAAAUGUGAUUUAUGAUAAAAA